GUUUCGCUCUCUCUCUCUCUCUCUCUUGUCCAACGAUUGUCGUCGGCUGCGGCGGAGGGGACAGGAGAGAUGGGGCGGGGGAGGGUGCAGCUGAAGCGGAUCGAGAACAAGAUAAAUCGGCAGGUGACCUUCUCCAAACGUAGAUCUGGCUUGCUCAAGAAGGCGCACGAGAUUUCCGUCCUCUGCGACGCCGAAGUCGCUCUUGUCAUCUUCUCCGCCAAAGGCAAGCUCUAUGAGUACUCCACCGACGCCAGAAUGGAAAUGAUUCUUGAGCGUUACGAGCAUUACACGUAUGCAGAAAAGGAUCUCAAACCACCAGACCUUGAAUCUCCGGCAAAUUGGUGUCAAGAAUAUGGCAAACUUAAGGCUAAGAUUGAAAUUUUAACUAAAAGUCAAAGGCAGCUAAUGGGAGAACAACUAGAAUCCUUGAAUCUGAAAGAAGUCCAACAAUUAGAGCAUCAGCUCGAAAUUUCUCUGAAACAUAUCAGAUCAAGAAAGAACCAAGUAAUGUCUGAGUCCAUUGCGGAGCUUCAACGGAAGGAGAAAGCACUUCGUGAGCAGCACAAACAAUUAGAGAAGGAGCUGAAGGAGAAGCAGAAGGUGAAGGUUGUAACCCAACAAGCCCAAGCAAGCUCCGCGUCAUCGGUCCCCACGAUAGUGGAGCUUCAACCGAUCCUAAACAUUGGGUGUUACCAAGGAACGGGAGGUGGCCAUGGCGCCAGCGAUGACGCUGAGGAAACUCAGGUUAGGAUCAGUGGUAGCUUCUUGCCUCCGUGGAUGCUCAGCCAUUUGAACAGCUAAUGGUGAAUUGGAACCUCUCUGUUUUCACUCACUAUCCCUGCAAAUACGGUAGUAUCUAUCUAUUUGAUGGCUAAGCCACCACCAUGUCAGCUCGCUUGUGUGCGUUUGUACAAGUAAAUCUGAUAUAGAUUAUGCAUGAUGUAACUUUACUCGGUCAGAUGCGCUCCCUAAGUCAUUAUUUAGCC